AUGCAGGUGGGUCACGACGACAAGCUGUGCCGACGCCUGACCAUGUACGGCACUCCGUGGAAGCGCGACUUGUUGUCAAAGGUGAGUUUGCGAACGAUGGCGAAUAUGUCGAUUAGUUUUUUGCCUUGUCGUUUCGGUUCUACGAUGCCGACCAAACGGGACCGGUCAGUCACCGUCACUGUGUCGGUCGGCACCGUGUCGACGUCGCCAUUCGUCCAUCGUCUAAUCCUUGUGACUCUUGUCUUUGUCGUGUUUCAGAACGCAGCCAUGAGUCAACGUGGCCUGUUUCGGUGCACUGCCUACGGCCGCUUUGGCCGUACCAUCCGCUGUUCUUUUUACGUGUCCAAUUUCAUGGCUCUGGUAUGA